AUGGCUACUUCUCAACACAAUGUUGAUCAUACAACCAAUAACGAUGAAGAUGUAUCGCAACCGAUGAUGAAGAUUCAAACCACUAAUCUCUAUCUAGUUCCAUCACUUGAUCAAUAUCUGGAGGAAUUACGGAUGUGUGUUCAAAUUCUGAACUAUUUUGUCUUAUCAACAACACUUUCUUCAUCGUUUGCUAUUCCGAUGACAUGGCUUUCACUUGAUGCGACAACUGUUGUAUUCAACAAGUCUACUAAGGUGGUUACGUUUCAACUAUCAAAUUCCAAGACCAAUAAGCUUACUCGUAAUCAAUUUUCCCAAAUGUUGCAGUUACCAGUUUUCGAUACAUUCUAUGAAGUCACUAAUGAUCAGGUAGUUCAUAUGUUCAAUGAAAUGGGGCACCAACCGACUCUUAAUGGAAUAAUUUAUUUUAAGAAAUCUGGACUUUCUUGUGUUUGGAGUUUUCUCUUUGGAAUUAUGCUAUAA